GAGAGGAGGGAGGGAGGAAAGAGAGAGGCAGAGAGCUAGAGACUGAAGAUCCAGUCAGUGCUGCGUGAAGGACCGAGGCGAACCUGUCUCCAGCUCCCCGAGAGCUACUCGAGAUCUUUUGGGGAGCUCCAAAAAAUUAUGAAUAUGGGAUCUGUCACUGAAGCUGUCCUCAAGGCGUUACUUCUGUUGUCUACUCAAAACUGGAACAGAGUGGAAGCCGGGAAUUCAUAUGACUGUGAUGAGCCCCUGGUGUCUGCCUUGCCUCCGGCAUCCUUCAGCAGUUCUUCAGAGCUCUCCAGCAGUCAUGGUCCUGGAUUCGCAAGGCUGAAUCGAAGAGACGGAGCUGGUGGCUGGUCUCCACUUGUGUCCAACAAAUACCAGUGGCUGCAGAUUGACCUCGGAGAGAGGAUGGAGGUCACAUCCGUGGCCACCCAAGGUGGAUAUGGGAGCUCCAACUGGGUGACCAGCUAUCUCCUGAUGUUCAGCGACAGUGGAAGGAACUGGAAGCAAUACAGACAAGAAGACAGCAUAUGGGGCUUUUCUGGAAAUGCAAACGCAGACAGCGUUGUGUAUUCUAGACUCCAGCCUUCAAUCAAAGCCAGGUUUCUGCGCUUCAUCCCUCUAGAAUGGAACCCCAAGGGCAGAAUUGGAAUGCGAAUUGAGGUGUUCGGGUGUGCAUACCGGUCAGUGGUGAUUGAUCUUGAUGGGAAAAGCUCCCUCCUCUACAAAUUUGAUCAAAACUCCUUGGGUCCAAUAAAAGAUAUCAUUUCUUUGAAGUUUAAAACCAUGGAGAGUGAUGGGAUCCUGCUUCACAGGGCAGGACCUUCUGGGGAUCACAUCACGUUGGAGUUAAGAAGAGGAAAGCUAUUCUUACUUAUUAAUUCAGGUGAAGCAAGACUGACCUCUAGCUCCGCCCUGAUCAACCUCACCUUGGGCAGCCUGCUAGAUGAUCAGCACUGGCAUUCUGUGCUCAUCCAGAGACUGGGCAAACAGGUCAACUUUACAGUGGACGAGCACAGGCAUCACUUCCAUGCCCAAGGAGAAUUCAAUUACCUGGAUCUUGAUUAUGAGAUCAGCUUUGGAGGGAUCUCAGCACCUGCAAAAUCAGUGACAUUGCCAUACAAACCCUUUCAUGGCUGUUUAGAGAACCUCUUUUAUAAUGGAGUGGACGUCAUUGGCUUGGCUAAGCAACACAGCCUUCAGAUCACCACCAUGGGAAAUACAUCAUUUUCUUGUUCACAACCACAGUCUAUGCCUCUGACGUUUCUGAGCUCCAGGAGUUACUUGGUACUCCCAGCACCUUCCAAAGACGAAGCCAUCUCAGCUAGUUUUCAGUUCCGAACCUGGAAUAAGGUUGGACUUCUGCUCUUCUGUGAACUUCAGGUGGUUUCAGGCGGUCUCCUCCUCUUGCUCAGCGAUGGGAAACUUAAACUGAAUCUCCACCAGCCAGGAAAGUCACCCGGUGACAUCACAGCAGGUGCUGGCUUAGACGAUGGUCAAUGGCACUCUGUCUCCUUGUCUGCUAAAAGGAAUCACCUGAAUGUGGUUGUGGAUGGCCAUGUCACCCCUGCUUCUCCUUGGCUGGGUCCUGAGCAGUUUACUUCAGGAGGCAUCUUUUAUUUUGGAGGUUGUCCAGACAAAAGCUUUGGAUCCAAGUGUAAGAGCCCACUAGGUGGGUUUCAAGGAUGUAUGAGACUCAUCUCCAUCAACAACAAAAUGGUGGAUCUGAUUGCAGUCCAGCAGGGGUCCCUUGGUAACUUCAGUGACCUUCAGAUAGACUCAUGUGGUAUCUCAGACAGGUGUUUGCCCAACUCUUGUGAGCAUGGUGGCGAAUGUUCUCAGUCUUGGAGCACCUUCCAUUGUAACUGCACAAACACAGGGUACACAGGAGCCACUUGUCACAACUCUGUCUAUGAGCAGUCAUGCGAAGCCUAUAAGCACCAAGGAAAUGCUUCUGGAUUUUACUACAUCGACUCAGAUGGAAGUGGCCCUCUGCAACCAUUCCUCCUAUACUGCAACAUGACUGAAACGGCGUGGACCGUCAUCCAGCACAAUGGCUCCGAUUUAAUGAGGGUCAGGAACGCUCAUUCUGAGAACCCCCACACUGGGGUUUUUGAGUACGUGGCCAGCAUGGAACAGCUCCAGGCCUCCAUCAACCGCGCGGAGCACUGCCAACAGGAGCUUGUCUAUUACUGCAAGAAGUCACGGCUCGUUAAUCAGCAAGAUGGAAGUCCUCGGAGCUGGUGGGUGGGAAGAACCAACGAAACGCAGACCUACUGGGGAGGCUCCUGGCCUUUGCCUCAAAAGUGCACCUGUGGCUUGGAAGGGAACUGCAUUGAUGCUCAGUAUCAUUGCAACUGUGAUGCAGAUCGAAGCGAAUGGACCAAUGACACUGGAUUCCUCUCCUAUAAGGAACAUCUGCCUGUCACUAAGAUAGUGAUUACAGACACCGGACGCCCACAUUCAGAAGCUGCUUAUAAACUGGGGCCUCUGCUCUGCCGGGGAGACAGGCCAUUUUGGAAUGCAGCUUCCUUCAAUACUGAGGCUUCCUACCUCCACUUUCCCACAUUCCAUGGAGAGCUCAGUGCUGAUGUGUCCUUCUUCUUCAAGACCACAGCCCUAUCCGGGGUGUUUUUAGAGAACCUAGGAAUCACAGACUUCAUCCGGAUAGAAUUGCGCUCACCCUCAACAGUAACCUUUUCAUUUGACGUGGGGAAUGGGCCUUUUGAACUCUCAGUGCACUCACCCACCCACUUCAAUGACAACCAGUGGCAUCGCGUGAGAGUUGAAAGGAACACGAAGGAGGCGUCACUUCAGGUAGAUGAGCUCUCGCCGAAGAUACAAGCUGCUCCCACUGAUGGCCAUGUGCUUUUACAGCUCAAUAGUCAACUCUUUGUGGCUCUCUUCUGA